GCCGCACUAAAAAGUUCAUUUUUCUCAAUUUAAUAAGGUAGAAAGGGUGAAAAAGUAAUUUAACAGUUUCAAACAGAAAGUUAGAGAGAAUCCGCCUCGACACCUUCGUCAGAACAGAAGCGGUGGUUGAUUCCAUCCUUGAAGCUUGAAAGAUUCGCUGUCCUUUGGGCGGGGAUUCACUUCUUUGUAGAACGACGAAGCUAUCAAAUGUCUGGAGGAUGAAGAAUGGAUUCUUUUGAGUGGAUCGAAAGUAGUGGACAACAGGUAUGUACUCCUGUAAGAAUGAAAAGGAAAAUUCGAUCCAAGAGAUAUGAAUUCGUUGGUUGGGGCUCAAGACCACUUAUUGAAUUUCUUGAAUCAGUUGGUAAGGAUAUCAAAGAGAAGAUUUCUCGACACGACGUUACCUCCAUUAUAAAUGAAUAUGUCAAUAUUAACAAUCUUCUUCAUCCCUCUAAGAAGAAACGAAUCCUUUGCGAUGAUAGGCUCCAUUCCAUUUUUGGAAGGAAAACAAUUGGCCGUAUUAAAAUCCAUGAUAUGCUAGAACCACACUUUGCCGAGAAUCAAGACGAGUCAGAUGAUGACUUUUCUUACAGCUCCGAUGAGACGGAAAAUCUUUUCAGUGUCCUCAAACGGGACAAUGGUAUAACCCCAGGAAGAAAGCUUAGUCUGAAGACGAGAGUGUUUGUGAAUCCCAACAGCUCUUUUGCUGCCGUGGUUCCUGGAAAUAUUAACCUUCUCUACUUGAGAAAGAGUUUAGUAGAGGAUCUGCUCAAAGAUCAUGAAACCUUUGAGAGCAAGUUGAUUGGUAGCUUUGUCAGGAUUAAAUCUGAUCCUCAUGACUAUCUUCAGAAAAAUACUCAUCAGCUCGUUCAAGUUAUAGGGGUGAAGAAAAUUUCUAUAUCUGGUGAUUUGGGUCCAGGAUUCCUUCUUCAUGUUUCCAAUGUGAUGAAAGACGUCAGCAUUUCAAUGCUUUCAGAUGAAAAUUUUUCUGAGGAGGAAUGCAAAGAUCUGGAUCUGAGAAUAAAAAAUGGCUUGGUUAAGAGAUUAACUAUCGCUGAGGUUCAACGAAAAGUUGAGGUUUUGCAUGUGGAUAUUACCAAGCAUUGGCUUUCAAGAGAAAUUUCUUUGCUGCAAAACCUCAUUGAUCAAGCGAAUGAAAAGGGGUGGCGCAAGGAGCUUGAUCAAUAUCUGGAGAAAAAGCAGCUCCUUCAGUCUGCUGCAGAACAGUCACGUAUAUUGCGUGAGAUUCCACAAGUAAUUGCAGAUGAAACAGAAUUUGGAGGGAUUUAUGCUAGUGCAGAUCAAGCAGAUAAUGUCACCAAGGAAGGUGAUGAUAGAAAGUUGCUAGUGACAAGGGAGGUUUCAGAUGAUAGAAAGCAAGGAGAAACUGUAUUUAGUUCAAACUCAACUGUUGAUACUUAUGGUGCAGAAAACCCAACUACAGCUUUGAUGUUCAACCUGAACGAAAAUGCAGAAUCCAGACAGGUUUUUCUUGAUGAACAGUCCCCACAACCAGUAGAAUGUACUUGCGAUAACGUUAAAGAGACAGAACCUAUAAAUGCUGUGGAUAAAGGCCGUCAAGAGAAUGAGCAGAUUAAAGAAUCUACAGUGAUAGAUUUGAGCGAUGAUGAUGAACCACCAAGGACUGAAGAGCAUGAUUGGAAUAAUAGACUAAAAAGCUUGAUUUGGCAUUAUUUAGAUCCUCAGGGGGACGUUCAAGGGCCCUUUUGUCUUGCCUCGUUGAAAAACUGGAAGGAUGCUAACUAUUUUCCUUCAGAUUUCAAAGUCUGGAAGACGGGCCAGACUCAAGAUCAAGCUGUUUUAUUGAACGACAUUCUUUCCCCCUUUUUUUCAUAAAUAAUAUGUUAGAUUUUGAUUGGUAUUCCGCAAAUUCUUAAUUAAUAUUUCAAGUAGAAGCAUUACUACAUGAAGAGGUAAGCUUCCUAACUUUCUCGUUUCA